AUCAACAACCUGAGUUUACAACUCAGGUAAAACUUCUCUGCGCUCGAAACCGAUAAACUUUAUUACGUCGUUAUGUUCCGUUAAAAGGCCGUAAUAAUAUCCGGUACAUUAUGGGGGAAGCAUGUUAUUGCCGGUCGCGGAAGUGGUUUGUUUUUGUGCACAAACUCAGUGGCUAGUUUAGCCAUUUGGAAGAGCUAAGUUAGCUAACUUUUUGUCAGUUGACUGGCGUGAACGCCUUUUGACAGCUACAGUAAGAAAACAGUAGACUAAUAUGCUCGGAUAUUGCUCCAUGCUUGGUUUUAAAAAGGUUGCGGGUGUAGCCGGAUUGUCCGCCAGUUGCUGUUGACUCGUCCUGGUAGUUUUUAUGUGGCGCUGAUAGAACCCGGUUCCCUCGCAAUGCUCCUGCAGCUGCUCCCACCUGUCAACUAGCUGGCUCUUCUCCUCCUGUCUCCUGUCUCCCGUCUGCCGUUGCCCAAUGGCUCACUGCGGCUCCUCCGAGCCGAGCGCAAAGGCACAGGCACUGCGUCCGGACAGCAUCUUGCCUUCGCAGGGUAGCGUAGACCAGAGCAUGAAGCCGGUGCUAUUUGAGAUUUUCGGCGAGAUAUGGACCGUCCAGUCACGACUCGGCCAGGGAGUCUCGGCCUCGGUGUACCGGGUCAGCUCGGGCAGAGCCACCACCGCCGCUGUCAAGGAGUUUCAGGCCGACACUCAGGGAGGAGAUUACGGGUAUCACAAGGAGAGGUCCGUGCUAGAGGACAUCCAGGGACAUAAAAACAUCGUGACACUGUACGGGGUGUUCACCAACCACAGCUGUAUGGGUGUUGCCACCCGCUGUCUUCUGCUGGAGCUCUUGGAUGUCAGUGUGUCUGAGCUGUUGGUGAGAGGCAGCAGUGGUACCCAGGGUGGAAGACCCCAGCAGGGCCACUCCAUGUGGCUUGUUCAGCACUGUGCCAGAGACAUCCUGGAGGCUCUCGCCUUCCUUCACAAGGAAGGCUACGUCCACGCCGACCUCAAGCCACGCAACAUCCUCUGGAGCGCUGAUGAUGAGUGCUUCAAGCUCAUCGACUUCGGCCUCAGCUUCAAAGAGGGAAACCAGGAUGUCAAGUACAUCCAGACAGACGGGUAUCGAGCUCCAGAAGCUGAGCUUCAGAACAGCCUCGCUCAGGCCGGGGUGGAGGUGGAGGGAGACUCGGGCUGCACAGCCGCUGUGGACCUGUGGAGCCUGGGCAUCAUCCUGUUGGAGAUGUUCUCAGGAAUCAAACUCAAAGACACCGUCCGCUCUCAGGAGUGGAAGGAUAACAGUGCUGCCAUUGUUGACCAUAUCUUUGCCAGCAACAGUCUGGUGUGCCCUGCCAUCCCUGUCUAUCACCUCAGAGACCUUAUCAAAAGUAUGCUUCUCAACGACCCAAAGCAAAGAUGCACAGCUCAAACUGCCCUGCUCAGCCCGUUCUUCAGUAUUCCCUUUGCUCCUCACAUCGAGGACCUGGUUCUGCUGCCCUCUCCUGUUCUGCGUCUGCUCAACCUGAUUGACGACAGUCAUCUGCACAAUGAAGAAGAGUAUGAAGACAUCCUGGAGGACAUGAAAGAGGAGUGCCAGAAGUACGGCUCAGUGGUUUCUCUCCUCAUCCCCAAGGAGAAUCCAGGGAAAGGACAGGUGUUUGUAGAGUAUGCCAGCUCCAGUGACUCCAAAGAGGCUCAGAGGUUGCUGACAGGCCGCACCUUCGAUGGGAAAUUUGUUGUGGCCACCUUCUACCCUCUCAGCGCUUAUAAAAGAGGUUACCUGUAUCAAACUGUGCAGUGACGUCCUCAAGCUCAAUUUACACCUCUGCGUUUGUUCGCAUGAAAUAACACAACUUCAUAGGGCACCACGAGGGAGGAGUCAAUUUCUCCCCAUAAAAAUAACCAAACCACACAGAGGUAUGAGUGGCAGCCCCGCUGUUAAAACUCAUUCACUUAUUAAUGAGUGUAGUUUAAAGUUCUGCAUGUUAGCCAUGCAUUUUUUUUAAAGUUCAUCUGUGUUUCAUGCAGGGUGUAAAUUGAACUCAGCUGUGAGGAGCAUACAGCAAAGCCUCCUGCUCUUAUCAGUACGUAUCCAUCUAGGUGAACUGCAUCUGCUUCAAUUAAUGACUCUGGACCAGAGGUCUGUGGUCUGGGGGACAGCAGUUACUGUACUAGCUUGCAAUUCACACUCACUCAUUCACACUUUAUUUCAUAGAAAUCAUCAUGCUGAGGGAACGUGUAAGUACGACGAGAAAAAUCUGUGAUGAGGCACAUCUAAAUACUUGCACCUCUCUAGAUAAACCUUUAUCAAAUAUUUUAUUUCAUCAGUUGAGUCAGGGAUGGGAUUAGAAACAUGAAACGGGAUAACACUGAUCUCCCAGUAGUACUGAAUGGGAGUUUUACGUCUCAGACCUAAAAUCCUGAUGACAAAAAAAAAAUCCCAGUCAGCUGAAGAUGUCCUGUGGUGAAACUCAUGUUCUAUCCUGUUGUUAAAUGAAUGAUAAUAAUAAUUCUGUUAUUGUUGCCUAUUUAUAUUUGUUAUGUUGAACAUGAAUUAGAGGAAACAGCUUGGUACAAGGGGAUGUACAGGUAGCCUUUGCUGGCUCCCCAAGCAUUUUUCAGGUAGAAGUAGUCUGGAGUGAUACCCCACCCCCCACCCCCCCUGCCAGCUGAUAGUUUUCAUUCAUUCUGACAUUACCUGAGCAAGCCAAGGGCUUCUUGUGCCCUGUCCUGUAGCCUUAUGCUUUGUAGCUUUUAAGUUACAAAAGUCUCCAUACUCAGAGAGUAUUUUUAGCAUCAGCUGACUCCUGAUUAAGAGGACAUGCACUGAGUUUUGUGUUUUGACUGCAACACUGAAAGAGUGUAUGAACAAAUUUUUGAGAAUGCGCUGAAAAGAAUCUGAUUCGUCUGGCCUGCGAGGUUAGAAAACGACUGAUUUUAAACCAAAUCCUUUCCCAGUUGGAAAAAAAUGAGUCUUUGAACAAAAAGAGCCGUAGUUCCAACCCUGGAGGAAAAUGUCUUGUAACUAACUAAAGCCAAGUACACUUUCAUUUUACCUCGUAGAAUAGGUUAAUAUGAAUUUCUAGCCAAAGUGUUAAGCGGUAUGUCACUGCUCAGAGUCUGACUGAGACAAUAGAAAAUGCAGAUAUACAGUCAACUGUUGCUCUGUCAUGUAAGGGGUAGUUUAACGCCACUGUGUGUAGAAUUUUUUUUUGUAGCAUCUUUCAAAUUACUCUAAUGGCACAAGCAUUUAUUCAUCGAAAAAAAUAGACAAUCCUGGUAGAAAUUGGUGCAAUCUGCGUGUUUCUGUUGCCCAAAUUUCCAAAUCCUAUACAUAGUGGCUUUAAGGAUUGUGCAGGACUGAUGCAAAGUGAAGGGACAGUCUGUACUGGCUUUUCUAGACACAUAAAGUCUGACGUUUGUCUCUAAGUUAGUUUGAGUAUGACCCACGGGAUUGAUUGGUUGACUGCGAGUGCAACAUUGCAGCACUGCUGUGCUGUGGGAGUACAUUUCACACAAGAUAUGUGUGUGUAGAGUAUCCAAAGUACAGGACAUAGAAUUGUUUCGUACUUCUCUAUUUUGUGAAUCAAAAAUGUGACAGAAAUGUCAUAAAAUAUGCAAUCGUGAAAUGAACAAUUCUUGGAGCCAAAACAUUUGUAUCCUGUUGUUUUAGUUAUGUAGGCUGUAUCAGGGCUGUGACACAGUUUUACUAAAGGAGUGCAGAAAUAAGCGUGAUGAUGUUGGAAAGCAGCGACAGUCAGCAAGUCUGGUAGUUUUUGCAGUGGAAUGUACUUUUUGUUGUAGACCCGGCCUUGUUUUUUUUAUUCUCUUGGUUCCGCUGAGUCCACUGUGAUAACGGUGGACAUGCAGUGCCCAUCGAGCCCACUCUGUCACUCUGAAACAUCAGAUGAUUUCUACACCCUAUGUGCCCUAUGAUAUAUGCACAAGCUAGCUAGCUAACUAACCAAAAUGCUAGUAGGUUGUGGUACACCUGUGUGCAUUGAUUCCUGACGUAGCCGAAUCCAUCGCAGAUGCCUUAGGAAAGAAUUCCCUUCCAGCAGAUGUAGUGCUGCCUGCUUGGUUAUGGACAGUAGAAAGACUGAGCAGAAAUCUAUCAAUUCCUUCAUAAAGCUGCUCAUUGCUCAUUUUCACUGUAGUCUUGUGAAAUCCGGACUAUGUAGCUUUUUCUGAACAGCAGCCACUGCAGCUACAAGUGACAACUAUGGUAUAUACAGUUUACUUAAACGCUAAGUAAUAGUAACACUCACAGAUGGAGGAGUCAUGAAGUCAGCAAACUGACUCAGUGAUGUGUGUUAUAGGGCUGUAUUUACUCUUAACUUUACUAACAUUAGCCCACAUUAGCUACCAUAAGCUACUGGUUAAAUAAGACCUAGUUGGUCUGUAGCAGCAAAACCAGUGGUGUACUGAACUGAGCAGGGUUGUGUUUUAUUGCGUGUGAAUGCAGCGUUUCAUUUGUAAGAGGAAGUGUGUGUCUGAAAGUUACAUAGUCUAAUGCUGUAGAGCACAGAUAUGGAGCCCUGCUCCAUUUAAAUGGGUAAUGUGAAUCGAGUAUCUGAGAAAAACAAAAUAUUCAUGUAAAAUAAGAAAAUGUUUGAACCUUAUGGACAUCUAAAUCUCCUGUCUGAGACUUAUUUUUGUUAAAUACGGCGUUGCUCCUUUCGGUAUCAAAAAAUGUCUAAAUUCUGGGACAAAAAACUAGACUUAGAGGAAAAGUUGGGGUGUUGUCUUAUCUAAAAUACUCCAAAAACAUAUUUUUCUACUAACUUUAUUUGUAUGUGCCUGAACUGUGAAUUCCAAAGUUUCCACUAAAGUCCACUGCUGGCCUAAAAAUCUUCAUGUGAAACUUGAAUUAAAGUCCAACCACGUGACUAUAAAGCACUUUUGAAGUAUCAGUCUGUGGUACAGGGUCUGGUGUCACUCACUUGUAACCGGUGGCCCUCAAAUAACAAAACCAGGCUAAAAAUCAAUGAACAAAGUUUCUUCCACAAGUUUGUCAAGGACCUGGUAUAGAAGAUGAAUCUCUGAUAAUGUCAGGGGAUUCCUUUAAGGCAUUUGAAGUUUGAUUUUGUCUUUGAUUUUUUUUUUUUUUUUUUUGAUUUUCUCCUUUGAUUACUGACCAGGUCCCCUGCAAGAAUAAACUCACCACAGUUAUACUGAACCUUAUCAAAUGAUGAGUAUGGGCCUUACAAAGCACUAAGGGGAGAAUGGACAUGGUGAAGAGAAACCCCCUUUGUGUUGAGUGAUGCAUGACAAAUCAGUGUGUGUAUGUUGUGCCCUUUAUAUGGUAUUGUAAAGUGUAGUGUAGUGUGCAAGUGUAGAUUUACUAACCAGAGGAGCUGUGUUAGUGAGUGUGUUUAGUCUGAAAAUGAGGUUGCUGGGAUGUUGAGUAACCCGGCAGUUUUUGUUGAUUAGAAUCUCAGUCAGUGUGAUCAGGAAUUGUUUCUUAUUUUAUUUUAUUUUAUUUUACAGGUCUGUAAUUUUGUAAUCGUUAUCUUGGAAGUUGUGUCGAACAAACCAUGUAAUUUGGUACAAAUUAUUGGGAUGUCCACUAAAUGUAUUGCUGACAGUUUUCACAAACUCAGCACUUUAACUCCCUGUGAUUAACACCAAAUUACGUAGCAACGUUUUGGAAAAUGUUCGAUAAGUAUGUAGAAAUUACAGACCUGUAAAAUAAAGUCUUAUGUUUUUUUGUUUGAUUGGGAAGGUCGGAGAUGCAGAGCCAGUUAGAGGCCUCAGUUGUUUGUUUUUCGAUAUGUUUUGGGCAUUUUGCUUUUAUCAGUAGCUGGUUUACAUUGAAGAUCGUGACAGGAAACAUGGGGCAGAGAGAGAAAUAUCACAUGCAACAAAGUUCCCCAGCUGAAAUCAAACCGGGGAUGUUGCAGGUGCAUCAUAUGUGUCUUAACCACUGGGUCACCAGGACACACACACACACUGCCCAUGUUGGGUUCACUUUAAAGUGAAAUUGCCACAUCUUCACAAAAGUUGCAGAGACAAUUUCUAAAAUGAUGGACAACAGCACAUAGCACAACAGCUUGUGACACAGGCAACAAGUGAUAAAUCCUUACCUGACAAAAUGACACAAAUAACUCACAUGAAAAUGUCUUUUACGGUUCUUUGGUGUCUUUGAUAUUUUAUCUCCACACACUCAUGCAGCAUGUGAUCCUACACACCUAAACCAUCUUGUCCUGGUGUCACUUCAAAGGCUGCGGUCUCACUGCUCGAUAAUAAUAUGCUUACUCAUAAAUCCCCUUUGGCAACAUGAACACGAAGCUGCAACAGGUGAUAAAACAGAAGCAAAGGGAUGACAUUACAUUAUUAACUGACAGAAGACAGAAUCAAAUGUGACUAUUACGUCACUGUUGAUGACUUUAUUAAUGUGGCCAUUCACUGAAUCCUCUACUUAAAGCCUCACUGACAUUGUUAAAUGCACUGCAACACAAUCACUGUAUAACUGAUAAACAUACAUUGGUUCGUUUGUCUUCUUGUGUCACAGACUGGAGGAUGGUACUGACUCUGACUGAAUCUGAUAACAGUACGAGUGUUUGGUUUGUGUUAGUGUUAACAUUGGGUUAUUGUUUGUGUGUGGAGUUAUGGUUUAUACUGGUUUUUAGGUUACAUAGAAAGGGGUGAGGCAGGUUUCUCUAUUAAUGGCUGCACCUUAGAAUGAUAAUGUGACUGCCUUGCCUUUAUGAAUGAAUUAGAGUGCUCACUGAUUGAUUCAGCAUUUGAUGUUUGUUCCCUGCUGCUCUGUCAGCAUCGAUAGUCUACGAACAGUGUUUAAAUAUGCGACUCAGAUAUUUAUUCAGGCUGCAGUUGACCUGAAUGAUAUGAUCCUAAAUAUUUUUGCUGCAUGCUGAUCCUGUCUGGGUCAGGAGCUCAGUUUAGUUGAGUCCUGGGAAAUACAAAAGCAGCAGUUAUUGUUUUUUUGUGUUUGUUUUUGUUUGUUUACACAAUAAUCAUCACUUUUAUUGAUUUUACAGUAGUGGAAUUAGUCUUUUUCCUUCUUUUUUUAAAUAUAUCACAAUUAAAUUAGUUUUUCACUCUUGGUCUAGAUAGAUUUUUGUUUUGUUUUUUACUGGUGUGUGUUAUGCAGGUUAAUAAAAGAUGCCUGCCACCUGUAUGUAGCUGUGUACACACAAAGGUAAAAACACUAUACAGUCUUCAUUGCACACUGUUGAUGUAACACCCUACUAAUGUGAUAUUAGUAGACGUUUCUGACUCAGUCAUGAUUUGAACAUUAAGGUCGACCAGCAUCAUGGGGAUAAUAAGGAUAAUACAAAUG